AUGACCGACUACCUUCUGACCUUGUUCUGUCUUAUUGAUGGCGAACCUAUGUCGCGUGCCUUCAAGCUCAGGGACAUCCCAUCGUCGGAUGAUAUUGACGACCUCAAGGAUCGCAUCAGAGACAAGAAUCCUCACACGUUCAUCGGAGUUGAUGCUAAGAAUCUUACCCUCUGGCGUGUUGUCAUCCCCGCGGGCAAUCUGCAUUCUGCCAUCACAGUUGAUGCUCUUGACGGCGACAACAAGACUGAGCUAGACAAUCCGAGGAAACGCCUCAACGAGCUGUUUCCCGAGAGUCCCGAUGACAACACGUACAUCUUUGUCCGGCGCCCUCCUCGAGUCCAAGCACCCGAAUCUCAUCCUGGUCCACCGCUGUCAGAAUCGGUUGAGACACAGCGCCCUCCCAGUACUGCCGAUAGAGCGCUCGAAAAGAUUCGUGAGCGAGCGAUUCCCCUGUUACCACUCUUCGGUGUCCCUGGAUGUGGGAAAACGAGGACGACGAUCGAGAUGCUCACCAAGAACUGGGGUUUCUAUUUCAACGGAAGCAACACUGAUUGGGGCUCCCGUGAUCUCCUCAGCUUUCUUGAUUUGGUCCGACAAGAAAAGCGAUAUCAACUUCGUGAUUCAGAAAGCAACAUCCACGUUCACAUCCUUGCGCUGGCUCUUGUUCUUACACGUGUCAAAAUUUUGAACCUCUGUCUCGACAUUGCAGAGAGCGAAGGAACGACAUUUACGUGCAAACACUGGAUGCUGCUACAAGUUGCUUUCCGCUCGAUGGGUGUCGAGGACCUAUUUACCUUGCUGUUCACAUUGUUCGCGGAAGAGAUCCACCGUCACUCCGUAGGCAUCACGACCAUGAGUGCCUUCGCUCAAGAACGAUUUUCCAGUCUUCGCCAACGCCUUCUGAACCUCACCUUCAACACGCCCACCGAGCGCUUUGGCUACAAGAUCCUUUUGGUGAUCGACGAGGCCCAAAAUCUCAGCGAAGAGGAAUUUGGAAUCUUCCCUUCUCAACGAACACCUUUGGAACCUGAGCGACAAGCCGGAGCUGACCUUCCUAACGUCUAUAAGCGACCGAUCCUCUUCCCCUUGGUUCACGGGCUCAACCGGAUCUCUGCCGACGAGAACCAUUUUUGCGUAGUACCCUGUGGGACUGGUCUCAGUAUUUUCGAUAUGGAGUGGCUCGAAGACUCGGCUCCUGUCCCCAAAGGUUACCGAAAGCGGCUUGGGCCAUUCACCGAUUUCCAAGGCUGGGAAUCGCCCGAACAAAUCCAACACUACCGAGAUCUUGUGCGUCGUUCGCUACACAAUGACGAAGCCAGAAUCAUCUUCGACACUCAUGUGCCGGAAGAAUCGAUACCAGAGCUCUUUGCACGCUUGCGUGGACGUUUUAGGCCCAUUGUUUCCGCGAUCGAGCGUAUGGUCAGCAAUGGCGAGAUCGAUUGGGGACUGGCGAUCAUGAAAACGGAGGAUGCGUUGUCAUCGACGGAGUCCCAGUAUUACGGCAAAGGAAACAUCGCCUUCGACAUAUCGCGAAUGGUUCGCAGAGCGCCGCUGGUGGAAGCUUCUGUCGGGAGGAUCUUUAAUUUCGGCGAACACACGGUGACGGUCCUCGAUGAACCCUUAGCACUGCGCGCUGCCGUGAACUAUUUCCGUCGAUAUGACCCGGAAUUUCACAGUGCGAUCUGUUCGUUGUUCGGUUCAGGACCAAAUGCAUCAGUGCAUGGACACCAAUGGGAAAUGGCAGUGUUGCCUAGCCUGGUACACGUUUUCCACGACAAAAUUCUGUCCAACACAGGUCUGGUUCCAAAGGAGGCGAAGUCGUACGAUCCCAUUCUGGAUUGCAAGGCUGAAAUUGCUGGAUAUGUCAACCACCUCGCCCUUGGGAUCGAUUUUAAAGCUUUAUCUCUGGAUGAGUUUCUGGAUGCCCAUGUCCACCACGGUUCACGCAAGGACGGGAAGCGAGUUCCGCCGUUUUACCACCCAGCCGAGACGCCUUCAGGACCCGAUGUUGCAUUUGUUCUUCAUCUCGUCAAGCAUGGCUACUGUCCCGUUUUCGUUCAAUUGAAGAUGCGACACAAGAUGACAAUGCCAGAAACCCUGAUUGCGUUCUCUACGGUCAAGGCUGACGCGGUCCAAGGUCAUCUUCAGGAGGCGAUGCUUCAGAGGUAUUGUACCGGUUAUCCUAAGCGGUUCCUUGGCGUUGUUAUUGCUUAUCCGGCCGAGCUUGCAGGCGUCGAGGGCACAUUUCCGGAGGUCAGACGAAGCGAGCGAAUCUGGUCCGCCCAAGGAGACACACCCCAGUGCAUUUCGCUGAGGAUUGACAAGAACAACAUACACGACCUCUUCCCCAAAAACCAUAUGCAGGCACUGGAUAAGCUUAAGGGAAUCAAGCGAGAGUUGGACCGGACUGACGGGGGCCAAGGCAGCGACGAUCAAAUGGAGGAACCUACGACAAAACACCAUCGGUGCGAGGAUGAAGACGAAGACUCCCGCAUGAACUCUGACUAG